AUGUAUGCACCCGACUAUAGGCAGCAGCCAUGGAAGCGAAUUUUUCUUGGUUGGCCUUCGUUAGUGGCGACCUGGGUGUACAUUAUUUGGUUUGUAUCACGCGUUUUAGCGUGCUGUAGUCGUACCCCUCAGCAAGGUGACCGUUCGCUGAUGGAUCUUGACUGGUACUAUACGCUUCUGGUUUCCUUGUGCCCGCCAGUCAUUUUUCUUGGCACGUAUUUAAGCUGGAUUGGUUGGAAAUUCUUUCGACACAACUAG